UACGAUCAUUUCUUCAAAACGUCAUUCUUGCUUGAUCUCCCCCAUCAGCUGUGCGGAUCACAUACAGCAUCAUUCUGCCGUGCCCUGCAACUCUCAACACCAUCCCCCGGAGUGUAGGCAGGCGACCCCUUGUCGUUCCGUGUGCCAGCUGCUAGCGCGCGCUGGCAAGAGUUCGAUGUUGGUUGGAUAAUUUGGAUUAGUCAAUUUCACGGCGCAAAAUGUCGAAUAUGAGCGAUGAAGAGUCUCGGGACAAGCUCCUGAAGACGGUCAAAAAAGAGGUGAAACAGAUCAUGGAGGAAGCUGUCACGAGGAAGUUUGUUCACGAGGAAAGUGGAAGCAUCAUCUCUCUAUGUGCUGCUGUUGACGCGUGCUUGUCUCAGGGACUGAAGCGAAGGGCAGUGGGACUCUUCAAAGGAAACAACACUACCUUCUCACUCCUUAAACAGCUCUCCAAGAACUAUUCACCCGCUCACGAAGUCCUCCAGAAGGUCCAAGAAAUUGAACUCCGAUUAGAGGCCAACAAGAAACACAGUAACGGUGACAGUCCAAGUAACCACACACCCCAGCAGAACAUCAGAACAGCGCUGCAGCAGAAGCAUCUCUGGAUCAGGGUUGCCCUCUUUGAAAAAUAUCUUGCCAAAAUUUGUGAGCAUGUCUCGCAGAAUGGAAGUAAAUACUAUGACAAAGAUAGUCUUAUGUCAGACCCUGUUGAUGGUCCUAUACUUGCAUCUCUUCUUGUUGGUCCAUGCGCCCUGGACUACUCCAAGAUGAAGACGGCCGAUCAUUACUGGACGGACCCUCCUGCAGACGAGCUAGUCCAGAGACAUCGGAUACACAGUGCUGGACCAGGGGUAACCUCUGGCAGUAAUUCACCAAGAAGGCCGGGUCUACAGGUCAAGAAAACAGCUACGGGUACAACAGCAGAAGAGCACUGCAGAACACCAGUCUCGGCUAGGGACUACGUGGAAUCAUUACAUCAGAAUUCAAGGAGUACACUGCUUUAUGGCAAGAACAACGUCUUAGUACAACCGAAAGAAGAUAUUGCACUGAUCCCUGGCUAUCUAUCAUUACAUCAGACCGCUCUCCACCUCACCAUCAAGUGGACACCUAACCAGCUUAUGAAUGGAGGAGGAGUGGAAGAGACGGAGAUGGAGAGCGAAAAAAGGCAUUUUGAUUCUCUCGUCAUGAGAUUAAGGAAUGGAAGAAGAAAAAUUAUCUAUUGGGAUUAUGCUGUCACAGUAAAUGUAGAGGACAUUGUUUAUCUUCAUUGUCAUCAGCAACCGGAUAGUGGGGGUACCCUAGUCUUGGUAGGACAAGAUGGGGUUCAGUAUCCACCCAUCCACUUCCCUAAGGGGGGCCACCUCCUGGCGUUCCUCACCUGUCUUGAGAAUGGUCUCCUACCCCGGGGUCAGCUGGACCCCCCUCUCUGGUCCCAGAGGGGUAAAGGCAAGGUCCUUCCCAAGCUGCGGAGGAAGAGCUCCAAGAGCUCGGGAUUGGGCGUCGCCUCCUCCCAGGACGGCACCCAGAUCUUUGAAGGUGACGAAGCCACGGACUACGUCUUCAGAAUCAUCACAAGCUUCAGGCCAGAAUUUAUUCCUGAGGAAGCGAGCAUCCUGCCGAUCCGCAACGGAGGCAGCAGACACCACAACACGGCGUUCCCCUGGACGGCCCGGGAUAUGGGCCCCCGGCACGCCCUGAUCCGGCAGCAGGAGGUGGCCCAGAGUCCCACCAGUUCCUCCCCGUCCCCUGUCCAGCUUCCCCCUGCCAUCCCGUACUCCCCGGUCUCGCCCACCUCGGCCGAGCUGGCAGCCAUUACCAGCAGGUGGGACCAGUAUCAAGGAUCAUCGAUCAGAAUUCUUUGUGAUACAAUGAGAAGACAGAUUAUAUCAAGAGCAUUCUAUGGCUGGUUGGCCCAUUGCAGACACCUUCGUACCGUCCGAACCCAUUUAUCCGGCUUGGUUCAUCCAGUCAUCAUCACCAAGGAGAUGACAGAAGAAGCCUCGUUGGGACUGACCUGUGAGAAGUGGGCGGAGCUCUUCAACUCGGAGGAGGACAUCGACGAGGCGGAGGUCAUGAGGUUAAUUUAUUUUGGUGGUAUGGACCAUGAGAUUAGGAGAGAGGUCUGGCCCUACCUACUGGGUCACUACAAGUUAAACUCGACGGAAGAGGAGCGUGGCGGCGUCGAUGAGGGCGUCAGGCUGAAUUACGAGCAGAUCUUGGCUGAGUGGAUGGCUGUUGAAGCUAUCAUUAGACAGAGGGAUAAAGAUAACCAGCAGGCUAAACUGUCAUCGGAAAAUAGUUCAGAGGGGCAGAUACCACUCACAGGCCAUGAUCCUAGCUUGGACAGCGAGGUGUUCGAGAUCGACGACGACAACGACGAGUACGUUGAGAGCGGGGAGGUGAUCCAGGAGGUAGACCAGGCUGAUCUCACCAAAGAACAACAGGACUUUGUUCAGAAGGAAGACUAUGUGGUCCUAAGUCGAUGUAGGAGUCCACGCCAAGACACAUUAGAGACCGAGACUGGGCGGAGCCUUGGCAGUGAGGUCAGCGGAGACGUGCCAUGCGAGGUCAUCGCCAGCGGUAAGAUGUCACCGCCUGGUAGCGACGAAGGCUUUGGGGACGCAUCCAGUAUUACAGACAGUACUAGCAGACAUAGCUCAAGAUUGGCAUCAUCGUCAUACUCGUAUGAUUCCAGAGAGGUCAUCCAUGAAGGUCACAACGGUGAUAUCUGCAGCGAUGCGGAAGACAUUGACGUCCUCAAGAAAGCCCACUUUAACGAAGCCGACGAGGAGGGGAGUGGCCCGGAGGUGAUCGCCACAAACGGAGGCGGGAAGGCAAUCACCGUCGAGCUCGUCAACGGCAAGUCCCACGAGAAGGAGGAUGAAGAGGCAGGAGAGAACGAAAAAGAGGAAGAUGAUGAUGAGGAUGAGGGAGAUGCAACGAUCUGCUCCAGUAGGAGUAGCGCGGAUCCAGUCCUGGAAAUGAAGGGUCUGAACAUCCCAGAGGCUUCUAGUCAUCUGAUGGCUGAUAUGGCAACCGCCUCACCUGCAUCAUCUAAUGGAGGAGUCUAUUCGAAUGAGCUGCUUGACUCCUUCAGUCUGAAUCUCCAUCGCAUUGACAAAGAUGUCCAACGCUGCGACCGUAACUACCACUAUUUUACCUCAUCCAACCUGGAGAAGCUGCGUAACGUCAUGUGCACCUACGUCUGGGAGCAUCUAGAUGUCGGUUAUGUGCAGGGAAUGUGUGACCUUGUCGCCCCCCUCCUUGUUAUUCUUGAUGAUGAGGCAAAGUCAUACAGCUGUUUCUGCGAACUAAUGAAACGCAUGUCAAAGAACUUCCCACAUGGUGGUGCUAUGGACACGCAUUUUGCAAACAUGAGAUCCCUUAUUCAGAUCUUGGAUUGUGAGAUGUUUGAACUGAUGCAUCAGAAUGGCGACUAUACUCACUUCUACUUCUGCUAUCGAUGGUUCUUACUUGACUUCAAGAGAGAGCUGGUGUAUGACGAUACAUUUGCAGUGUGGGAGACCAUCUGGGCAGCCAAACACUGUGCAUCGGGACAGAUGGUACUAUUUAUUGCCCUAGCUCUGGUGGAAUAUUACAGGGAUAUCAUCUUGGAUAAUAACAUGGACUUCACUGAUAUCAUCAAGUUUUUCAAUGAAAUGGCGGAGCAUCACGAUGCCAAAGCUGUGCUGAAGAUAGCGAGGGAGCUUGUACACCGAGUUCAGAGCCUCAUAGAGAACCAGUGAACCUAGGCUCUUUGAUUCCAGUUUUUGCUCCUACCAUGGUCACCUUUAGCUAUGCCUGGGUCAUGGGUAGUAGUACUUAACAAGAGCAGCACCAGGAACUGUAGCAGUGACAGCAGCAACAGUAGCAGUAGUUGCCUAGAGACCUGAUGACAUAGGGUUCGAACCAACAUUCUGCUUUUUGUGUUUUGAUGUCCUUUCCAAUCAACCAAAUACCUGUCCAGACAUCCAUUUCAUUUUUGUCAAAGGUCUGUAUAUCUUUAUCUGUACUAUUGUGGAACACAUGUGAGGCAGCAUCGGAGUUGGAAUAUUUGCGUUAUGUGUCACCAUUGUUGUGUCUGGCCCAAGUCCUGUGAAAAUUGCACGCUUUUGUGUGUGUGUGUUGUGUUUUUUAUUUUUUCAUAGAAGAAAUGAAGGAGGGUAUGUAAAGGAAAACUAAAAUGUGAGAAAAUCUGUCUAAGUUCUAUUCAGUUGCAAUGUAAAGUUUAUCAUUUGAAAUGAUGCAUGAGAAUUUUUUAAUUAUUUAUUUUGAAGGAAAGAAAUGUCUCAUUUUCUUUUGCAGUCUUGUAUUGGUGAUCAUAUGAUCAGUUCAUUAGACUGUGUUGUCACUUUAUAAAGUUGUUCCAAAGUUAUUACUUUUAAAAAUGGCUGGACCAUGAACUUGUUUUCUAAAUCAGAUUCUAAAGUCAAUUUCAUCCACAUGAACCAAAGAUGAAAUAGGAUUCAUAUUCUUGUAGUUUUAGCCAAAUUUAAGUUGUUAAGUUGCGGUAAUAAAUUUCAAGAGAAAGUCUUUGAAAUCAAGGUUUUAUUAUUACCAUAUAGAUAUAGAUGUAGUAGGUUUAGUUUUGUAAAAUAAUGAAAUAUUAGCCGAAAAGAAAGCGCUCUAAAUGUCACCAACACAGAAAAGCAAGUGUAAGACUUGCUUAAAAAGACCCCUGCCACCCGGCAGAAAUGCCAUGAUCAUUUUCCUAAUUUUUUCAGCAAUUGUGCAUUUUCUACCAGAACCAUUGCUCUAGUGGUCAUUUUAUUUGAUUUUGGUAAAACACAUGGCAGCUGGAAUUUAUGUUUAACCUUUAACAAAAAAUCAGAUUGAAUAUUUAUUAUUUGUCAAAAUGUUUGAAGGGUUAUUUGAAAAUUAAGCUCCAAAUACGAACACCAGGGAGAAUGUAUCCAUUUAGCACAAGAUCAUGUUCCAGUUGUUUUUAAAAUCAUGUAUAACUUACAAAUGCCUUUAUAUAACACUGCAAGAGAUGGACAUACUAUUGAAAUAUAGAUUGUUUUGCAGCUUGUGAAGUGCUUGAGAUCAUGAGGGUAUGUAGACCUUAUAUUGAGCACAAUAAUAUCAUGAGUCUCAUUGUUUAAGGUUUAUAGAAAUAUAAUUAUAUUUAUGUUUGAAAUCAUUGUUUGAUGUUGUGAUUUAAAAACAACAAAAAAUAACUCUUUAUUCAGUAAUUCAUUUUGACACAGAAUAAUCUUUAUAUUUUCAUGUUGAAUAAUUUGGUUAAAAGUAGGGGAUAUUUAACAAGUUAAAAGCGUAUUCCAGAAAGUAAUUUGCUUGUAUAUCACUAUGGGUGUGUGCAAUAUAUAGAUGAAUGUAAUAAGAUGCAUCAGUUAUUUGAUACAUUGAUUUAGUUUGGUUGUAUUAGCUAAUGGAAAAAUGCACCUGAAGCAUAAUUAUCAAUGUUUAAUACUGUACCAAUAUUUAUGAUUUAUAUUUUAGCAAAAUAUAUCAAUGAGUUAAUCCUUGGUUUAGACUCAUUGACUAGCUUUGGGAGAAAAAAAAGACUGGACAAAUAUGACAAGACAUUUAACAGUAACUUUCCUCAAUCAUAUCUCAGAUUAUAUAUCAUUCCAUUAUGUUGGCAGUACUAAGACAGUAUUCACUUUUUAUGUGGGGU